CCCCACACGGCUAGCAAUCAUACAGCAGAGCAUCCACAGUAGAGUGCUCUGUUGUCCAUACAGAGUAGAACACGCAACAUCCCCUCAUUACCGUCCCCUCCUCUGCUCCAAUUAUAUCUUGAGCAGCAGCUGUUCAUCCUACUCUAAAUCCUCGUGCUAAAUUGAAGACGGAAACACUUCACCCCGCUUCAAUUCCUUACAUAACCCCGCCAUAUCCCAACCGAUAGCUCGGGCUUGGCGAGAGACGUUCAGCAGCUGGAACAACUCACCAAAAACGCACCUCACUGAACGAACAAAACCCAGUCCUUGACUCCCACCACCAAAGCACUCAUCACCGUUCGUGGAUGUGCAAGUUCUCAACACCAUAGCCAUGAGUGCACGGCUUCUUUCGUCCCGCUCCGUUCUUGCGACCACUACACGACGGUCUCCCCCGAUCUCUUCGCUCCGCCGCUUCUACACCUCUCCUUCGACCAUUCCGCCGACUUCCGGCGGUCUCCUACGCUCCAGAUCGGUCCUCCAGUCCAGAGGUCAAAGAUGGCCGGGCCAGAUCUACUACCAUAAUUCUGGCGCCCUAGCGGUCAGACAGAUGAGCUUUGCCAGGUCUCUGCCGAAGCUGGUGCUCAAGUUCGCGCGGAUUCCGGCGGCGUUCGGCGGUGCCGCGAUCGCGGGUUUGGCAUAUGUGCAGUAUAAAGCAGAGCAGGCUGGAAACUAUGCGAAGGGCGUGCUGAAUCAGGGCGUCGACAUCGCCGCGACUACGUGGGAUGGCGCGAAGAAGACGGUCGGCGGAGUCUACGAUACCGUCGCUAGCGGGGUCGAUGGCAUCGGCGCGCCCGAGAUGCCCGAGUGGAUGCACAAGAUCAUGCAGUUCGGUGGCGACAAGGGCGGCGGCAAUGGGGAGAACGACAACGGUGGAGCUGGGGCAGGCGGGAAUGGCAAGAGACCCGAUGGCGAUAAGAAACCGUACAUGGCCGCUACCGGCACAGCCACAGCUGCGGCCUUCGGUUACGGCGCAGACGAUGAUACGCGCAAUCCGAUGCAGGCGGCGAAGGACGACCAGAUGAUGGUGCUCACGAAGAAGAUGAUUGAGAUUCGCAAUAUUCUCUCCCAGGUCGGCCAGACGCAGGCGCUGCAGCUCCCGUCGAUCGUCGUGAUUGGAUCGCAGAGCUCCGGAAAGAGUUCGGUGUUGGAGGCGAUUGUCGGCCACGAGUUCCUGCCGAAGGGAUCGAACAUGGUUACCCGCCGUCCGAUCGAGUUGACGCUCGUGAACACCCCCAGUUCCACAACGGAAUACGGCGAGUUUCCUGCUCUGGGCCUCGGAAAAUUGACCGACUUCUCCAGUAUCCAGAGGACACUCACGGACCUCAACCUGGCGGUGCCCGAAGCGGACUGCGUCUCGGAUGAUCCAAUCCAUCUCAACAUCUACUCUCCGAACGUUCCAGAUCUGUCGUUGAUUGAUCUGCCAGGCUACAUCCAGGUAACCGGUGAAGGACAGCCCCCUGAGCUGAAGACCAAGAUUGCCGAACUCUGUGAAAAAUACAUCAAAGCGCCCAACGUCAUCCUGGCCAUUUCCGCUGCCGAUGUUGACUUGGCCAACUCCACCGCUCUGAAGGCUAGCCGGCGGGUCGAUCCGCGCGGAGAGAGGACUAUCGGUGUCAUCACCAAGAUGGACCUCGUCGAGCCGGAACGGGGACAGUUGAUCCUCAAGGACAAGAACUACCCCCUGAGGCUCGGAUAUGUCGGUGUCGUUUGCCGGACUCCCAGCACUGGCUACUUCUUUGGCAAGAACGCAAACAUCACCAGCGCCAUUAGCAAGAACGAGCACGCGUACUUCAGCACGCACCCCGAGUUCGCGCCGGAAGCCGGAACCACCGUGGGCACUAUCAACCUCCGCCAGAAGCUCAUGACCGUGUUGGAGCAAACCAUGGCUUCUAGCCUUCAGGGCACCAGCGAUGCUAUCCACCAGGAAUUAGAAGAGGCUACCUAUGAGUUUAAAGUGCAGUAUAAUGACCGGCCGUUGACGGCUGAAACGUAUCUCGCCGAAUCCCUCGAUAGGUUCAAGCACUCCUUCAAGGGCUUCACCGAGUCGUUCGGACGGCCUCAAGUGCGUGAGCUACUGAAGGGCGAGCUCGACCAGAAAGUACUCGACUUCUUGGCCCAGCGAUACUGGAACAAGCCUCUGCCUGAGGACCUCACCCGCGUAAGACUCGAUGAGAAGUCGCUCGCCGAGCUUCCCAAAGCCGAUGUCGACAGUCUCUACUGGCACCGCAAGCUUGAUGCCUCCACAUCGUCGCUGACGAAGAUGGGAUUCGGAAGACUCGCCACCAACGUUGUUGCGAAUGCGCUGGCACAGCACAUGGACCGGCUUGUGACCGAGUCCACGUUCCGUGAGCAUCCGUUCGCAAAGAAGGCAAUCCAGGACGCUACCAACACUAUUCUCAACGAGCGGUUCUAUUCAACCAGUGACCAGGUUGAAAAUUGCAUCAAGCCGUACAAAUAUGAGAUCGAGAUGGAAGACCGUGAAUGGUUGCAGAGCCGCGACAACGCGCAGAAGCUUCUGAAGGACGAGCUCAAGGCUUGCGAGGAGGCUAUGAAGUCGAUGAAUGUCACCAUUGGAAAGAAGAAGUUGACCCAGGCUAUGGCGUUCAUCGAUCGGGUCCGCGAUGGCGGGAAAGUUGAUAUGAGGGAGGGGACUGAGGCUUUUGGCUUCAGCCAGGGCUUGUUGGAGAAGGGCAGAGAAGCACUGUUCCUCCGUGAUCGCGCAGAGCUGUUGAAGAUGCGGCUUUACGCUCUCAAGAGCAAGCAGUGCGCCAACAAGGCCAACAAAUACUAUUGCCCCGAGGUCUUCCUCGACGUCGUGGCCGAGAAAUUGACGUCGACGGCGGUGCUGUUCCUCAACGUUGAGUUGCUGUCAGAGUUUUACUACCACUUUCCCCGAGAGUUGGACAACAGACUCGGCCGCCAUCUCUCACCUGAGCAGGUUGAGGCGUUUGCCAAAGAAGACCCCAAGAUCAGAAAGCAUAUUGACCUGCAGCAGCGAAAGCAACUGCUAGAACUCGCGCUCGAGAAGAUGGAGAGUCUGAUGGCUCUCGAGAAGAGCAAAAAACAUCCCGCUGGCGAAGACCCUGUCGGUCCCAGUCCUGCGGGCCGCUGGGGAAGGUUCUUCUAGACGGGGUAGAUGAUCGGUAACGACUUUUUGUGGGAUUUUCUUCGGCGUUGGACAUGAAUGCGUUUUCUCUUCGUUCUUUGGCAUGGUCUGGGAAUUAUAUAUGGCCGCACAGCGUCGUAUUCUGUCUGUCUAGGGUGGUUUUUUUGGUUUCUUCCUCCUUCAGUCGCUUUCUUGUUUAUGGGUUGGUUGGCGAUGUAUAUUCAUUCAGAUUCCACUUCUUCUGUUGUUUGGUACCUGGUAGGGUGAAUGUGAGCAUAGAGGAGGGAUGGGCUUUAGAUGAUCCCAAGCUUUAUGAUGAUGUUUUUGUACA